AUGCUCAAGUUGGUUUUCGCGUCUCGACUUGAGACCGUCAGACAACGUGCUACAUUUACUGGACGAGAUGAAAGGGUAGGGGACUUACCCAGUCCUUCGCUGCAUCAAAUUCCAAGUUGGAGAGAACAAAACCAUCGACGAGGUGUUCCAUUCCAUUCCAGUUCCCUCUCCAAAGCCAUCCUUGAGACAAUAGAGAAGAAGAGCAACGGUCGUAUUGGAGGAAGAGGAUGUACUUGGUUUAAGAAUCGACGGAAGGCAAGCUCGGCCGACGGAGUGUACGAAGAGUGGACGUGCUGUCGUACAGUGAUCACGAAGGCGAUAUCACAGUCGUUUUCGUCGACGUCGUGACAUCCCUAUCUAUUCACCCUAAUCACUGGAAGGGUCGAGUCAAUACGGUAUCGAUAGACUUGUCUCACCUCCUUCUAUCGAUUCGUAACGAGAAGACGUUAGAAUCAUGAGGAACACGGCAGAAGAAAUGCAAGAGCACGAGUCAGAUAGAAGAAAUUAGUAUUCCGUCGAUCCAGGGAGAACCAUGCCAUUACGACUUAGUAGUGCCUAUCGAUUAUCAUCAGUUCCAAAGAGAUACUCCUUUCAGACAUCCUAGCUCCAGAAGUGCAGAAACCAGUGCCCCCAGGUUUACAAAGACGAACUGAAUUACCGGGUCUGGGUAUAUUAUCCUUUUGAAUUGCGACA